AUGACGACCACCGGUGUAUGGUCUGCAGACAAAGCAGGCUUCGAAAUGAAGCGCAAGUCUUCCUUCUCAUUACUCGAUACCACCGCACACCGUCCAGCUCCUCAUGUGGAAGGACAAGAAGACGGUGGACGCAUGGAGAAGCUUCAGCAGCUCAUGGCAUACUACGAGCCGAACGACCCCGAGUCGAUCCAAAAAUCUUUUGCCCGGCAUCUGGAGUAUUCUCUCGCAUGCACGCGGUUCAACUUCACCAUGCAGGAUGCCUACCGUGCAGCUGGCCUUGUUCUUCGUGAUCGCUUGCUCGAGUCCCUUAACGACACCAACACCUAUUACCGGGAGCAGGACGUGAAAAGGGGGUAUUACUUGUCGGCCGAGUACUUGAUUGGCCGUCACAUGCAAAAUGCAAUUGCCAAUCUGGACUUGGAGCAGCCUUUCAAGGAUGCCUUUGAAGACUUGGGGAUGAAGCUCGAGGAGUUGUUUAGCGAAGAAGCAGAUCCUGCACUGGGAAAUGGAGGACUGGGCCGCUUGGCGGCCUGCUUCCUGGAUUCUAUGGCGACCCUGUCGCUUCCAUGCUGGGGCUAUGGCAUCCGUUAUAGCUACGGAAUGUUCAAGCAGGGCAUCAAGGAUGGCCGGCAAAUUGAAGAGCCCGAUUUCUGGAUCGGUGACGGCUGCCCCUUUGAGAUCCCUCGUCCGGAUGUCACGUAUCCUGUGCGCUUCUAUGGCAGAGUGGAAGAGGUUUACGAGAACGGCAGAAGCGUAUCAAGGUGGGUCGGGGGCGAGAUCGUACAGGCAAUGGCGUAUGAUAAUCCCAUUCCGGGCUUUGACACCUACAACACAAACAACCUGCGACUUUGGCGAGCUUGUCCUAGCGAGGAGUUCGACUUGGAUGCCUUCAGCAGCGCACAGUUUCAAGAUGCGAUCACACAGCGGCGCAAAGCGGAAGAUCUGUCUGCCGUGCUCUACCCGAACGAUGCAACGUAUGCUGGAAGGGAGCUUCGCCUUCGCCAGCAGUACUUCUUCGUGAGCGCGUCUCUGCAGGAUUUGUUGCGCGAAUUCAUCAAGCGACCAAAUUAUCAGUGGGAAGACCUGCCGCAAAAGGUUGCCGUGCAGAUGAACGACACACAUCCCACCAUUGCUGUUGCAGAGUUCAUGCGCCUUUUGGUGGAUGUGCAACAGCUGGAUUGGGACAGAGCAUGGGAAUUGACCAGGAAGUGCUUGAACUAUACCAACCACACUGUCAUGCCGGAGGCUCUGGAGAAAUGGCCGGUUGAGAUGAUGGAGCGGAUGCUUCCGCGGCACCUGCAAAUCAUUUAUCACAUCAACGGCAUCUGGAUCCAGAAGCUGCUGCAAAGGUGGGGUGAUGGGCCUAUCAUCGCGGCUUUGAGCAUCGUAGAGGAAGGUGACAUCAAGAAGAUCCGCAUGGGCCACCUCGCCAUCAUCGGCUCCAACAAGAUCAACGGAGUCGCAGCUCUCCACACCGAGAUCAUCAAAAAGGAAACCUUCCCUGAGUUCUACAAGUGGUGUUGCGACAACGGGGAGCAUGACAAGAUUGUGAACAUGACCAACGGCGUGACGCCGCGGCGCUGGAUCCACUGCGCGAACCCGGCGCUCAGCGAGAUCUUCACCAAAUACCUCGGUUCACAGGAGUGGCUUACCGACAUGACGAAGCUGAAGGGCAUGCUGGACUACAAAGACGACAGCAAGUUGCACGACGAGUGGAUGGCCAUGAAGAGCGGCUGCAAGGCCAAAUUGGUUGAUUGGCUGAAAUCAACGAUGAAUCUGGACAUCGACCAAGAUGCUUUGAUUGACAUCCAGAUCAAACGAAUUCACGAGUACAAGAGGCAGCUGAUGAACAUCCUUUUCGUCAUCCACCGCUACCUGGACCUGAAGAAGAAGUCUCCGGGUGAACGUGCUGCCGCCCAGAAGCGUGUGGUCCUGAUUGGCGGGAAGGCCGCUUCGGCAUAUGUCAAUGCGAAGAUCAUUAUCAAGCUCAUCAACAACGUGGCAAAGGUGAUCAACAAUGACCCCGAGACACAGCAGUACCUCAAGUGCGCCUUCGUGCCGAACUACUGUGUCUCCGCGGCACAGGUGAUGAUCCCCGCAUCGGACAUCUCGGAGCACAUUUCCACUGCUGGAACUGAA